GAGGGAGGCUCUGGCUGGAUGGAUGACCGAAUGGCAGCCUUUACGCAGAGGCUCGUCUCACCUGCUGAAACGCACUGCUCCCAUUCACGCUCCACACGUCCCGCGCGUCCUGCUCUUCAGUCGUGCUUUUACUCCAUUAUUUUGGCCGGUUUUGGUGUAGCAUUGGGUUUAUUUGUCAAUGUUUUGUGCUCACCUCGUGGAUUGUAGACGAACAAAGCGCGUCAAGGCUCUCCAGAGAGACACCUCGGAUGUGUGAGCGCUCCGGAUAAACACCUGCUCGCGCUCGUUCCCCAUUCUGCCUUUUGUUUGGUCCGCUGGAUACGUGUUUACGAUGGAUUCACAAAGUAGUCCCACGGAGGAGCUCUUCCUUUAGGGACCAGCGUUUCCACAGAUGAAAAUAAUGGGCAGGUUUGGGGUCGCGCUGUUGGUUUCCAGGGAGUAGAAUCACUGGGCCUGUGUCGGCACUUAUCCUUUUACAAGUCUAUUCGUUCAAAUUCACUGACUGAAAAUACAGGCGAUGGAGCACACCGGGAUAGAGGAGGUGAGCCAGACGCACCAGCAGCAGCACGAACCCAUUAGCUUUGGCAUCGACCAGAUCCUCAACAGCUCGGAUCAGUCCAGCGGGUGCAUGCUUCCCAAUCGGACGGGCGAGUCGGAUUACGCGCUGGCUCCCAAUGUGUACAGCAACGGCUACAACAGCGUGUACAACCCGGCCUGCUCCAUGGCGGCGGCGGGCUUGGCUGGCUCCUACAACGUCAACAUGAACAUGAACGUAAGCAUGAACAUGAACAUGAACGUUAACGUAAACUCGGGGGGCGCCGGGGGAGUGAUACGGGUGCCAGCGCACAGACCAAUGCCGCCGCCUCCUCCGCCUUCCGCCGCAGCAGCCGCACCACAUCCGCCGCCUUCCGCGCACCCAGGGAUCCCGCCUGUGCCCGCUAUGGGAAUGGGCAACGCGGCUAACUUCACCUUCCCGUGGAUGGAGAGUAGCAGGAGAUUCGCCAAGGAUAGGCUCACAGGGGAGCAGGCAGAGGAGAGUCGAGCCGCAGAGGCCACAGGGGGGCCGGGAGCCGCCGCGCCCCUCUGUCCUCUCCCAAAGGGAGACAUCGGCAGGGUGCCUGUCUGGAGCACUGUGGAGACACUGGCCAAAUGCUAUUACCCCGAGCUCGCUCACCUGCGAGACAGCAAUGGCCUUCUAGCAGAUUAUGCUUUCGCUAAGGGGGCUUACCCAGCAGCCCUGUCGCCCUUCUCAGUGACCCGGCGUAUUGGACACCCGUACCAGAAUCGGACGCCGCCCAAAAGGAAAAAGCCGCGGACGUCCUUCAGCCGUGUGCAGAUCUGUGAGUUGGAGAAGCGCUUCCACAGACAGAAGUACCUGGCCUCCGCAGAGAGAGCCACUCUGGCCAAGGCUCUGAAGAUGACUGACGCACAAGUCAAGACCUGGUUCCAGAACAGACGCACCAAAUGGAGAAGACAGACGGCAGAGGAGAGGGAGGCCGAGCGACAGCAGGCUAACCGGCUAAUGCUCCAGCUGCAGCAGGAGGCCUUCCAGAAGACCCUGUCCCAGCCCCUGCAGCCGGACCCCCUGUGCCUGCACAACUCCUCCUUGUUCGCCCUGCAGAACCUCCAGCCCUGGGCCGAGGACAAUAAGCUCACGGCCUAAGACAGAGGAGGGCAUCUGUGUAACUGCUCCGACCGCCAAGUCCGCCCCGUGCGUACUUUUGCCUCCGGACCACACGAGGCAGCAGAGACUUAACGCUGGCGAAUGCGUCGGCGCCUGUUUUUCCCGCUUUUGACUUUGUACAAUAUUAUAAAAAAUUGCAUGUUUCGACAUUUUCCUGUGAUGCCCUGAUGAAGACAGCUGUGGCGUUUGCAUUGGCUGGAACCGAACCCAGAAAAUGUCAGAUUUCAAAGUGUUUUAUAUUAAAUGAUAUUGUGACUUUUUGAAAAGAUAUCGAAACCACUGUUGUUUUUUCUUGUCUCCAAAUGUAUUAUCUCUCCUCACCAUGCAAUAAUACUUGAUGAGUACGUUGAGCUGGGGGGACUGCGAUUGAUUACAGUUUCAAACCACCCAAAGGUAAGAUAUAGUUGAAUUGUACCAGGACAGUGCAAUACGUUUUUGGUUCAUAAAAACUGAUGACUACA